GGCGCGUGCGCACCUCCUUCUCCCGGAUUCCUGAAGCGGUCGCUCCUGUGGUGUCUGCUGUGCGCCGGCCGGCCGUCGCCAUGGUGAAGCUGAGCAAAGAAGCCAAGCAGAGGCUGCAGCAGCUCUUCAAGGGCGGCCAGUUUGCCAUUCGCUGGGGCUUUAUCCCUUUCGUGAUUUACCUGGGUUUUAAGAGGGGUGCAGAUCCCGGAAUGCCUGAACCAACUGUUUUGAGGCAGAGAGAGAGAUCUCCAUCUGCUGGUUCACUCCCUAGAUGACUGCAACGGCUGGAGCUGCACUGAUCUGAAGCCAGGAGCCAGGGGAUUUUUCUGGGUCUCCCACGUGGGUGCAGGGGCCCAUGGGCUUGGGCCAUCCUCUACUGGUUUCUCAGGCCAUAGUAGAGAGCUGGAUCGGAAGUGGAGCAGCUGGGACUCAAACUGGUACCAUAUGGGAUGCUGGCACUGCAGGCUAGGGCCUUAACCUGCUGUGCCACAGCGCCAGCCCCCUGACAUUUCUUGAACAUGCACUUUUGCUUUGUCUUGAAUAAAUCCUGCUCUCCUGUACACCUUUAUACCUCCACUGUGAAUUCCUUCACGUGUGGAGGAAGGAACCUGAAAUAAACCCGGCUGGGGACCCUGCUGCCCACACGAAAUGAGAAGAGGUUUAUUUACUAAUAAAAGUUCUAAAGGCUCAA